AUGGCAAUAUUUUCAGAUUUUACAGAAAAGAUUAUGGAGGUAUUCAUCGACGAUUUCUCGGUUUAUGGGAAUGACUUUGACUCCUGUCUUUUGAACCUUUCUAAAGUUCUCCAGAGAUGUGAAUAUGUGAACUUAGUUUUGAACUGGGGAAAAUGCCACUUCAUGGUUAAAGAGGGGAUUGUCUUGGGACAUAAGAUUUCAGAACUAGGAAUUGAAGUGGAUAAAGCCAAAAUAGAGACAAUUGAGAAACUACCUCCACCUCAUAAUGUAAAAGGGGUUAGAAGUUUUCUAGGGCAUGCUGGGUUUUAUAGGCGUUUCAUUAAGGAUUUUUCAAAAAUUUCCAAACCAUUAACUAAUUUGUUGAUUAAAGAUGCAGAAUUUUGCUUUGAUGAUGACUGCAAUGAGGCGUUUAAGAAAAUCAAGAAUGCUCUUAUCUCAACCCCCAUAAUUCAAGCUCUAGACAGGGAACUUUCAUUCAAAAUCAUGUUUGAUGCUAGUGACAUUACAGUGGGCGUAGUUCUAGGACAAAGAAAGGACAAAGUGCUGCAUGCAAUCCAUUACGCAAAUUUUGUUAACUAUCUUGCAAGUGGAGUACUUCCCCCAAACUUCACCUGGCAGCAAAAGAAGAAGUUUUUUUCAGAUGUCAAACACUACAUAUGGGACGAACCAUUGCUUUAUAGGAAAUGCGGAAAUACAAUUUACCGAAGGUGUGUGCCAGAAGACGAGAUCAAAGACAUUUUAUUUCAUUGUCACUCAUCGUCUUACGACGGACAUUUUGGAGUUUCAAGAACAGCUUCUUGCGACCAAUGUCAAAAGACUGGAAACAUCCCCAGGAGAAAUGAAAUGCCACUGAAUUACAUCCUUGAAGUGGAACUGUUCAAUGUAUGGGGAGUAGACUUUAUGGGCCCUUUUCCCUCAUCAUGUGGAAACAAUUAUAUUCUAAUAGAAGUGGAUUAUGUAUCGAAAUGGGUAGAAGCCAUAGCUUCUCCUACCAGUGGCGCUAAAAUAGUCAUCAAAUUAUUUAAGAAGAAAUACGGGGUAAGCCACAAAGUAGCGACCCCCUACCAUCCCCAGACUAGUGGACAAGCUGAGAUUUCCAACCGGGAGAUCAAAUCAAUAUUAGAAAAGACAGUAUUCAAUUCACGAAGAGACUGGUCAUUGAAAUUGGAUGAUGCUUUGUGGGCAUACCGUACUGCUUUCAAGACUCCAAUUGGUAUGACCCCGUUCCGACUUGUGUAUGGGAAGCUAUGUCAUCUUCCAGUAGAGUUGGAAUACAAGAUCUAUUGGGCGAUUAAACAACUUAACAUGGACCUGAAGUUAGUAGGAGCUAAAAGGAAACUCCAAUUGAAUAAGCUCGAUGAGUUGAGGAUGGAUGCCUAUGAACAUGCCAAAUCUUACAAAGAGAGAACAAAGAAAUGA